UGACCGGUUAUAUUACGACAACCGUCUAACGUGAAAUUCGUCUUUGCCAGAGCAUUUAUAUGCUUUAAUUUUGUGCAGUAAAUUUACCAAACUAUUUCAUUCCAAAGCUGCAUUUAGGUGCGACAGCUAAAAGGAAAAUUACCACCAUUAACAAUACAAGAUGAUGACAACACAAGAAAACAAGAACGGCGUUGUAAUGGGUUCACCCAAACAACCCAGAGCUGUUGAAAAAAUGAAGGAAGACUAUCGUCAGUACUCUAAUGAUAGCGAUUCUAGAGUGGAUUCGGGUUUGGGAAGCAUGUCGGAAAAUGAAAGCCAACAUUCUCUCAGUUCUUGUACAGACAGUUAUUAUGACGAAACGCGAAAUCAACAAUGCGUGUCGAGCCCCAACGAUUCAAUGGAUAUGAAAAAAGUCAUAAAUAAAACUGAGGAUUUGAAGAUAGACGAAGGUUAUGAUUCAAUGACUUCGAAAAUAAAUUACUUUCAAAUGAAUGUGCAUUGUGUACAGAGUUUUGCUCAAACGCAAAACCUGCGUUUUAUGAUGGCGGCUAGUUGGCCAUAUUUCCUGGUACGAAAUGGCGAUGGAGACACAUCAUUACAUUUGGCAAUUAUCAAUUGCAAUGCUGAAGUCAUUGAUGCUAUUGUGGAUGUAUUACCAAAAAGGGAAUACUUUGAUCUUUACAACAAUUUAAUACAAACGCCACUUCAUUUGGCAGUGAUAACAAGACAGCAUGGGGUUGUUUCAAAACUUAUUAAUCACGGAGCUAGUGUUGAACUUGUAGAUAGAAAUGGUCAGACAUGUAUACAUCUUGCUUGCUAUCAUGGAGACUUAAAAUUUCUGAAAGCUAUUUUAAAUCAUGCCCAAAAUAUUUGGAUCACAAGCUGCAGUUGCAAGAGUUACUGGAAUCACGAAAUUUUGAUGGUUUGACUCCUCUUGGUGUUGCAGUAAAAGAGAAUCAUAUUAAUAUUGUUAGAGAACUUAUUAAACUUGGAGCAAAUACAAAUGCUAUGGACAGUAAAAGUGGUAAUACAGUAUUGCAUUUAGCAGCUGAAAACAACAAUCUUCCACUGUUGUCUUGUUUAUUGUUUGAAGGCCAGGCAGACCCUAAUGCACAAUCAUUUUCUGGCUGCACCCCUUUGCACAUUGCUGCAGGAUUGAAAUUUGAGACAAUUGUAGCAACUCUUGUUGCAGUUGGGGCAAGUACAACAAUAGAAAACGGUGAAGGAGAUACCCCAUUUGAAAUAGCUAAUGAUGAUGACAUAGAUGAGGAUGAUAACUGUAUAGAUGUGGAUGAUUAAAUCUCUGAAGCUCCCAAGCCUAGUAUCAUGUAUAGAAAUGUUCAGAAAAUUUUAAUGGGAUUGAGGGUAAGGUGAGCUCAGAAAGAAAAGAAGGGAUAAAGGAUAAAAAGGGUAAGGUGGGCUCAGAAAGAAAAGAAGGGAUAAAGGAUAAAAAGGGUAAGGUGAGCUCAGAAAGAAAAGAAGGGAUAAAGGAUAAAAAGGGUAAGGUGAGCUCAGAAAGAAAAGAAGGGAUAAAGGA